AUGUCAACUUCAGCAAAGACGAGUAUCCCCGUCUUGUCCCCUAUAGGCACAAAUAUCCCCAAUUACACUCCCAAAACACAUUUUGACCGCAGCAAUACUGAUCACGUGACCAGCGGGUAUAUCCAUAAAGUCGGCAGUGGGGUUUCGGCGGAUGUUUAUACGAAGCACAACAAGCGAUGGGUGGUCAAGGUUUAUCGGCGGGAAAAGAUCGAAACGAAGAGCGACUACUGCAAACGAGCUCGGUACGAAUAUGACAUUCUCAAGCUGAUCCUGCACCCAAACAUCAUUGCAGUAGAGCGGUACAAAGUACUGGUAUUCACCCGCAAAGCGUCACUUUGGUUCUCGGGAGGCGGCUCGGUAGAUUUAUGGAAGAUUUACAAGAGAGAAAGGCGGUUCGAACCGCAGGAAGCAAAGUGUUUUUGGCGCCAAAUGUGCGCCGGAGUAGAAUAUCUCCAUCGUCAAGGAUGGUGUCAUCGGGAUAUAAAACCCGAGAAUUGUGUUUUGGAUGCUGAAGGAACUGUAAAGAUUAUUGAUUUUGCCACGGCGACUUCUACGGAACGACCAGCAUUGGGAUUGGUGGGGUCGCAACGAUAUGCAGCACCGGAGACGAUGCUGCAAAUUUCGUAUGCCGGAGCGGCGGCCGAUGCAUGGUCACUUGGCAUAGUGUUACAUUGGCUCUUGAAUGGACUGUUUCCAUGGAAAAUCGCUUCUCGAGAUGAUCCUUCGUUCCAGAAAUACUGCCAGAGCGACCUUUCCCAAAUCGACUCGAGGCGCGACUCGGACUUGGUGCGCGGACUCUGGACGCUCCUUGUGCCGCAGCCGAGUCAGCGCCCUGCGGUGGUGGAGCUUCAGAGUCAUCAGUGGUACAAAAGUGUGCCAUUUUGCCUGAAACUGGACCAAGCGUCCAAUUGUGGCAUAGAUCAUCGAAUAUUGUCCGCUAGGCACCGAAUAUAG